UCUCCAUCACCUCUCACACACACCCUUUUCUCUCCCCUCUCUUCCUACAUCUCACAUUCCUCUCAUUUUUCUCCUUCCUCUGACAGAUAUCGUGAGGCUCUUUCUUUCUUGGUUCACGAGGGCGCACCCAGUCCCCCCUCCUCCUCUUCCAUCUCUUCUACCUCUUCCCCCCCCUCCCCCUCUUCCCCCUUCUCUUCCUCCUCCUCCCUCGACUCCUCCUCACCACACCUACGCCCAUCGUCGACUCCUCUUACAGUCUCCUCUACACCCAUAUCCUCUCCUGUAGCCAACACGCCCACCGUCACCGGCUCUUUCACAUCCAUCACGCCCACAUUACCUCUUCCUCGUCCCUCAACAAGUCCCACCUCGCUUCCGCCACACCUGUUCAUGCCAUCACGAGGCCAGUCCACGGCUUCACCAGGUCUGGGGUCAUCGUCAGCAGCCCGAAGCACGACCCAUGAGGCUGGUGCUGCUGGUGUGUCGCCGAGGUCCUCAAGACGUGUGAGAGCUACCAGUGUAUACGUCGUGCAAGAUGACGUGGGUGUAGAUGAUGAGUCGCCACUGCCUGGAGAUGUGGUGGUGUUCUUUACCCCCAGGCAGACGUUCAUCUCAUAUACACAACCACCAACACAACCACAGACUCAACCACAGCCACUACCAGAGACCCGGGUUUGGUCAGAUAGCCACAUACUUCCACAGAAUCAAAUGCAAUCACGUCCACCACAACUACCACAGUUUUCCACACGUCCUGCCAACAGCCCCAGCAAAUUAACACCACCACUACCGCUGCAACAACUACUGUUUCUACCACAACUUUCUAACAACCCCAUCAAGCUAACAUCCCGACAGCAGCUACAGCAUCUGGGCACACGGUAUAGCAGCAGCGAGGACAACAAGGCCACCAGGGACGUGAUCACCCGUUCCUCACCUGGUCACCCACGGCAGGUAGAUCGAAGUCGUCAUACCACCCAUAGGCGGCUCAACUCUGCCACCCACAAGCGGGCGGGUGGUGACCUCAAGCGACCCUCCCGUGAUCUGGGACUCAACCCUUAUGCUCGACAAGACUCGGUGCCUCAGCUGCGGUACACGCCUAUCGAGCAGACGGUGUCCCCGGGGUCACCUGUAUCCCUCAAGUGCUCGGCCGUGGGCACCCCUGCACCUGUUAUCACCUGGACCCGCGAUCACCAGCCUCUCCUGCCCUCCCUCAGGACGAGUGUGGGGAGCUUCAGGGCGGCGCUGGGGGAGGUGGUGAGCCAAGUGAACCUGAGCUCGGUGACGGGGCGGGAGGGCGGCCUCUACACCUGCACCGCCUCCAACACCCAAGGCUCCGUCGCCCACUCCGCCAGGCUCAAUGUCUACGGUCCACCCUUCGUACGCGCUAUGGCCAACGUGACGGCGGUGUCUGGGGAGGACGUGAGGCUGUGGUGUCCUGCAGGAGGCUACCCGGCGCCCUCCAUUAUUUGGCAGAGGAACGGCCACACCCUCCCUACUUCCCUCAGGCGAGUCUUCGAACUUGUUUCUGGCGAGUGUAUAGCGCCUUUGUUUUACUCAGCUGUUUACUGUAUGUUUCCAUUACUCUAG